AUGGCACGUUUAUCAGAAACCUCUGAUAUUUCUGAGAGAACAAGAAAAGCAAUUUCCGGAGAGGUGUUUUUGCCAACCGACACACUCGAUCAGCCAUGUGACGUUAUAUUGGUUGUCGAAGACGGCAAAGAAUUCAAAGCUCACAGACACGUUCUUUCAAAGGCGAGUCCUUUCUUUGAAAAGCUGUUGAACAGUGACAUGAAGGAGCCCAAAGAAGGGAUUGUGCGACUUGAGGAGUUUAGCGAGUCUGUUAUGGGAAAUACUCUCGAGUUUAUUUACACUGGUAAUGUUCAGAUAUUGGCUGAAGACAAUGCCCGAGACCUGAUAAUCAUGGCCGAUUAUUUGUUUAUUCGGAACUUAAAGACUCUCGCUGAGGAGGUUUUACUACAGAACGGGUUAAAUUUUUCCGAUUGUUUUUCAAACUACUACUUUUCCGAAAGAUAUCGAUGCAGUGAACUGUUUUCCAAGUCCCAAAAAUUCAUCCUUUCGAAUUUUAGUGCCUUAUACGCAGCCAACCGGGAAGAGAUUCUGAAUAUGCCGAGCAAAGAUAUUAAAAUUUUCAUUUCAAGCGAUGAAAUUAAUGUUCGUGCCGAGGAAGAUGUGUUUAAUAUCAUUCUGUCAUGGAUUGAUCACGACAAAGGCAAGCGAAAGAAAUAUUUUGCCGAGUUAUUUCAUCAAGUUCGACUGAUUUAUGUAUCGCGUGACUAUCUAGUCAGUGAUAUCGUAACAAAUGAUCUUAUAAAAGACAAUGAGGACUGUUUUUAUCUUGUUGAAGACGCGAUGAAGUUGACUGAGUCUAAAGACUUUGAUGAUCUUUAUGUUACACCUAGGAAGUCACUUGAGACUUCCAUUAUUGCAGUUUAUGGGUACGAGGCAGGUCCCAACAUUCUGUUAUUUUCCUAA